AUGUCAUCUCGGGCCUUGAGGAAGCUUCAAAAGCAGCGCGAAUCAGUGGCUCACCUGGUCCAGGACGAACAAGACGCCUCCAGUGAAGAGGAGCAUGAAACAGUUGCGGCCCCGAAACCCAAGAAGAAUGCAUUUGAUCUGCUGAACGCAUUCGAUGAAGAUGAUGAAGAGGAGCCUUCGGAUCACGAACCGCAGGUAGACACUGAACACUUACCUGUUGUCGCAGCCCCAACCGAGACGUCGAAGAAAAAGAAGAAGAAGAAGAAAAAGAAGGCGGCGACACAAAAGCCAUCUACUAAGGGGGAAGCAACCGAAGCCGAGGAACUUGAUGAUAUUGAUCGAGCGCUAAAAGAGCUGUCUACGAAAGGCGAUGCGACCACUGCAUUGAAUGAACUUCCCGCAGCUGCCACAGCCAACGUGGAUCGCAGGUUCGCCAAAACGCCCGAAGAGCUUCUUUCUAUUGACCCAAAGUCACUUAACGCUAUCAAUGAGAUGCGAAAACUUUUUGGAAACGUUGUUCUCGAGUCAUUUGAAGACGAAGAAAAUUCUGGUUCUGGACGUCGAAGGGAAAGACAACGGGAGGCAAUUGACUUGGGCCGCGCAUUGAGUGGUCGCUACAGUCCUGCAAGCAGAGGCCAGAGUCUUGCUGGGGUUGCUCUAAGAAAGAAUGUGCUCAUGCAAGGAAAAGACGAAUGGCCUCGAGCGACAAGUGGGGGUUUGGGCAUGGAGCUUUCCCAAAAAUUACCAAGUGGCAAUAGUCUGUAUCGGCUCUUACACAACCAGGCGUACCAAGAUGUUCAAAUGCAAUUCGACCUAUGUGUGGAGUCCAUGGACCCUCAGAGACUCAUUCACCUCCUGCAAUACAAUCCAUACCACAUAUCGACAUUACUUCAAGUAUCAGACAUAGCCAAACACCAGGGUGACCAUGCUGUGUCAGCCGAUCUUCUUGAACGAGCUUUGUUCAAUAUCGGACGGUCAGCGCACUCUUCUUUUGGAAGUCAGCUUCAGCAGGGAAAAGCAAACCUUGAUUUCUCGCUUGGUGAGAAUCGGGAACUGUGGCUCAUUGGAUGGAGGUACAUAUUAAAUCUGGGAAUGAAAGGGACAUGGAGAACGGCUUAUGAAUGGGCAAAACUGCUCCUAAGCCUCGAUUCCACAGACCCUUACUGCAUGAGGUUACUGAUUGAUCAGCUUGCACUGCGUGGUCGACAGUACGAGCACUUGAUCUCGCUUUGCACGGAGACAAUUUUCAGUGAGGAGUGGAAAGACCUUCCAAAUAUACAGUGCUCGUUAUCGUUGGCGUAUCUGCGAUUGAACAGACCAAAGGACGCUCGUCAACAACUUCGCCUGGCAAUGUCACACUAUCCAUGGUUCUUUAGCCGUUUGGCCCAGGAAUUAGAUAUCCAGCCCAUUCCAAAAAGAAUCUGGGGCAAAAUCCCACCAGCGCAGUCGCAUGAACUGCUUACUGAACUUUACAUAUCCCGUGCCAAAGAUAUCUGGAACACACCCGAGGUUGUUUCACUUAUUGUUGAGGUUGCAGACACUCUGCCUGAUGGCGAUGAGGCUGUUGAGCCGCCGGAAAUCACACUUGACAUUGCUCGGCACGUUGUUCUCUCUGAUAUCCCCAAAGUCACGACUCAUCUACCCCCUCGUUUCACAUCGGGAAGGAUUUCUGCUUCCGAUCCCCUCCCUCCCUACGAUUCAGAGGCUUUCCGUCAGCAGGCCGACCCAACGCCGUCUUACGUAUCACGAAUACCCGCAGGAGCCCGUCCUCAGUGGCUGAGGGAUUUUAUUGAUCGCAUAAAUGUUGAAGGGGCCGAUCUGCCGGCAGAAAACAUCGGCAACGGGGAGUUUGGUGUGCAAAUUGAACCAUUCGAUGACUCCGAGGCCAACGCCUAUCCCCCUUCUGGAGAUAACCAAGAAGAGCUCAGGAUGUGGUUACUUGGUCCCGGCAUGCCCCCUUUGCAAAGCUUUCUUCGUCAAUACGGAGUAGACCGUGGCAAUUGGUCUGGCAUGGAUGAAGACGACCCAAUUAUGUCUUACGUUGAAGGUCUGAUGGACGUCAAUCCUCCAUCAGAUCGACAGGAGCUGCUUCAAGGGCCCAUCCGGGGAUUCGUUGGUGAUAUGGCAGUGGCGCUUCUGCAAGAAUUGUUACUAGAGUUUGAAGAGGAUCCGGAAUCAGCUUGA